UGUGAAGGGUGGUGUGGUCAUGCUCUCACUGUUAAACCUUCAAGCAGAAAGACUGCACAGCUGCUUCAGACCAGAAGUACAAUUAUACUGAUGGGAGCAUCUUGAAAGGUCAGGAAUCUAGGAAUUCGCUCCCAGAGGAGCGUGCUGUUACAACGGUUGGGAGUUGUUCAGAACUUGUCACUCUCAGCCGGGCAUGACCCUGCAGAUCCCCAUGCCACGUCCCACUUACUCCACAGCUCGAGAGAACCUCAUCAAGGCAGUACCACCCCACCUGAUCUGCUCUCUGGUGUGCGGAGGGAAGCAGUGUCGCUACGAGGGACCCGAUGAUUGGACCCUGCAGCAGCAAGCGAUCCGGGGCGUGUUCUCAGCAUGGGUUACUGACAACAUCCUGGCCAUGGCAAGACCAUCCACACAACUUAUUAAGAAGUUCAGCAUCAUCAAACAGUUCAAAGGGUUGAAUAUCAAAUCUGUAAUAAAUCUGCAGGUACCUGGUGAGCAUUGUCAUUGUGGAGACCCCCUGGAGUUAAAGAGUGGGUUUUCAUAUUUACCUGAAAUCUUCAUGGAGAAUGAUAUUUACUUUUUUAACUUUGGAAUGACAGAUUUUGGGGUCUCUUCGCUGGUGCGUAUACUGGAUGCGGUGAAGGUGACAUCUUUUGCCGUGCAGGAGGGAAACGUGGCGGUGCAUUGCCACGCAGGGCUCGGAAGGACAGGGGUGCUGAUUGCCUGUUACCUGGUCUAUGCCACCCGGGUGAGCCCCUGCGAAGCUGUCCAGUAUGUCCGGAUCAAGCGCCCCUUCUCUAUCCAGACACGCACCCAGAUUGACUUGGUCUUUGACUUUGCCCAGUUUGUGGACUCUCAGAGAACGGUGUUCACCGGUGUAAACCCGCACGCCCACCCCGUCACCCUACAGCAGCACCUUUAUCGCCAGCAAUAUCUCCUGCAUGGCUACGAAGCACGGCGUCUCAAGUACGUGCCCAAAAUGGUUGACUAUGCCUGCAAGAGGCUCCUGCAGCUGGCAUUCGACAGAGCGGACUGUGUCGCAGUGCAGGUGGAGAAGCAAAGAGAGAUGAGUGACCGUUUCAUGACCCUGCGCAUCAGGGAGACCAUCGCUUCCUUCAUCCCCUUACAAUGUGCUGAGACCUCCCAUGGACAUGAACGGCUUCCUUAA